CUAGCUUUUGAGAAACCUCCACGAAGGCUUGCAGAGGUCGCAGGCCGGAUGUAUAAAUUGCAGAGCCCGGCCGGCACGCCAAAAAUAUUAUCCAGACAGACAGGCACAUCAACGGACAGACACACACAAGCAAGGCGGCUAGCGGUGCAAGUAGUGCGAAGCUAGCUAGGUGCUGGUGCAUGCAAUGGCGGCUUCGCUGGGUCUGAACCCUGAAGCUGUCUUCACUUCCUACACCUCCUCGCCGCCGUUCAUGUCGGACUACGUGGCGGCGAGCUUCCUGCCGCCGGCCGUCGUCGACUCCACGGACUUCUCUGCAGAGCUCGAUGAUCUUCACCACCACUUGGAUUACUCAUCGCCGGCGCCGACCUUGGCCGGGGCUCGGAGCGAUCGCAGCGAGAAGCAGAUGAUGUAUGUACUACCUAUGCACAGCAAAUUUUACCAAAUUAAUUGUUACGGUGUAGCUAGUUAUUAUUGGUUGCUGUUCCUGUUGCUUACUGUAGUUUAUUGCUACGGCGAUUUCAUUUCAUCCAUCAGCAGGUGGUGUGAGGGUGGUGGUGGCGAGAAGAGACUCGGUAGGAUCGGGUUCAGAACGAGAUCAGAGGUGGAGAUCUUGGACGAUGGAUUCAAAUGGAGGAAGUAUGGCAAGAAGGCUGUCAAGAGUAGCCCAAAUCCAAGGAACUACUACCGCUGCUCGUCGGAGGGCUGCGGCGUGAAGAAGCGGGUGGAGAGGGACCGCGACGACCCCCGCUACGUCAUCACCACCUACGACGGCGUCCACAACCACGCAAGCCCCGCAGCCGCCGCCAUCAUCCAGUACGGCGGCGGCGGCGGAUUCUAUAGCCCGCCGCACAGCGGCUCGCCGUCGGCCGCCUCCUACUCGGGCUCCUUCGUCCUCUGACUUCUCCGGGCCUUGACCCAGAGUGAUCUGAUCUACCUGCUUUAUCCCAGUCGUAGGAUGAGAAGAGUGUUCAGACUUCAGAGACAUCAGUUCAGCGGCCGGCUAAAUUCGGACCUGAUUGUAGAUAUUUACACCUCAAUUAUUGGUUACCUCUUGUGACGACUGACGAGGCAUCAUAAUCGUCACUAGGAUAAUUGAUCACGCAUGUUUUUCGCUUAAUUAGUUUCUGUGUAUACAUACGAAGUUUGCCGUAUAGCUGAUAGGCUGCUGAUUUAACUUGACUUCUCUUUGUUCGGUAUUAGACCCCAAGAUCAACAUUUACGCUGAACAGAUGCUUUGUAACAGUGAAGGAAUAUUUUAUGGUUUUUUCAGAUAUAUGCCAUUAUGAAAAUAAGUAUUAUAAAGAUGUCAUCAUAAUUCGUGAUA